GCCCCCUCGCCCCGACCCUCCCCCGGCCCCCGCCUCGCCCCGCCGGCUUCCCACCACGGCCUCUCUCGGCGAGGAAACUCUGGCCUCCGCUUCCUCCUCCUCCGACUCGGACGCCGGCGGAGCCUCCCCGCCCCCGCGGAAGAAACCCCGAGCCUCGGCGGCGGAGGGAGCAGGAGAGCCCGGGGCUUCGGCAGGCAGAGCAGGCCUCUCCCCUCCGUCCUCGUCGUCCUCGUCCUCGUCCUCGUCGUCGUCGUCGUCCUCCUCCUCCUCCGUGGUGGUGGUGGUGGGCCUGCCCCCGGCCGCGGCCCCCGCCGCCGCCCCCCACCGAAGUAGCGGCCACAGCCUGGUCAGCGGCGGCAUCAUGCAGGCCAACGGGGCAGGAGGAGGAGGAGGCGGCGGCGGCGGCGGCGGCGGAGGGGGCGGCGGGGUCCAGGGACAGACCCAGGAGCUGGCCUGCCUGUCGGCCCAGAACGGGGAGUCGUCCCCGUCGUCGUCGUCCGCGGGGGACCUGGCCCACGCCAACGGGCUGCUGCCUUCCGCCCCCUCCGCCGCCAGCAACAAUAGCAACAGCCUCAACGUCAAUAACGGGGUCCCCGGCGGGGCGGCCGCCGCCACCGCCGCCGCCUCGGCCGCCGCCGCGUCCUCGGCCACCCCGGAGCUGGGCAGCAGCCUCAAGAAGAAGAAGCGGCUCUCGCAGUCGGACGAGGAUGUCAUUCGGCUAAUAGGACAGCACCUGAACGGCCUGGGGCUCAACCAGACUGUUGAUCUCCUCAUGCAAGAGUCAGGAUGUCGUUUAGAACAUCCUUCUGCCACCAAAUUCCGAAAUCAUGUCAUGGAAGGAGACUGGGAUAAGGCAGAAAAUGACCUGAAUGAACUAAAGCCCUUAGUGCAUUCUCCUCAUGCUAUUGUGGUAAGAGGCGCACUUGAAAUCUCUCAAACGUUGUUGGGAAUAAUUGUGAGGAUGAAGUUUUUGCUGCUGCAGCAGAAGUACCUGGAGUACCUGGAGGACGGCAAGGUCCUGGAGGCACUUCAAGUUCUGCGCUGCGAGUUGACGCCACUGAAAUACAACACGGAGCGCAUCCAUGUUCUCAGCGGCUAUCUGAUGUGCAGCCAUGCGGACGACCUCCGGGCCAAGGCAGAAUGGGAGGGCAAAGGAACGGCUUCCCGAUCCAAACUGUUGGACAAACUUCAGACCUACUUGCCGCCAUCGGUGAUGCUUCCCCCUCGGCGUUUACAGACUCUCCUGCGGCAGGCGGUGGAGCUACAAAGGGACCGGUGCCUGUAUCACAACACCAAACUCGAUAAUAACCUAGAUUCUGUGUCUCUGCUCAUAGAUCACGUUUGUAGUAGGAGACAGUUCCCGUGUUACACCCAGCAGAUCCUUACGGAGCAUUGUAAUGAAGUGUGGUUCUGUAAAUUCUCGAACGAUGGCACUAAACUAGCAACAGGAUCCAAAGAUACGACCGUUAUCAUAUGGCACGUUGAUCUGGACACACACCUGCUAAAACUGCUUAAGACUUUAGAAGGACACGCGUACGGCGUUUCUUACAUUGCAUGGAGUCCGGAUGACAACUAUCUUGUUGCGUGUGGCCCAGACGACUGCUCUGAACUCUGGCUCUGGAACGUACAGACGGGAGAGCUAAGGACAAAAAUGAGCCAGUCUCACGAGGACAGUUUAACAAGCGUGGCUUGGAAUCCAGACGGGAAACGCUUUGUGACCGGAGGCCAGCGCGGCCAGUUCUAUCAGUGUGAUUUAGAUGGUAACCUCCUUGACUCCUGGGAAGGGGUCAGAGUGCAAUGCCUCUGGUGCUUGAGCGACGGCAAGACGGUUCUGGCAUCAGAUACACACCAGCGAAUCCGGGGGUACAACUUCGAGGACCUUACAGAUAGGAACAUAGUACAAGAAGAUCACCCCAUUAUGUCUUUUACUAUUUCCAAGAAUGGCCGGUUAGCUUUGUUAAAUGUAGCAACUCAGGGAGUUCAUUUAUGGGACUUGCAAGACAGAGUUUUAGUAAGAAAGUAUCAAGGUGUCACGCAAGGGUUUUAUACAAUUCAUUCAUGUUUUGGAGGCCAUAACGAAGACUUCAUCGCUAGUGGCAGCGAAGAUCACAAGGUUUACAUCUGGCACAAACGUAGUGAACUGCCCAUCGCGGAGCUAACAGGGCACACGCGCACAGUCAACUGCGUGAGCUGGAACCCACAGAUCCCAUCCCUGAUGGCCAGCGCCUCCGAUGACGGCACUGUUAGAAUAUGGGGACCAGCACCUUUUAUAGACCACCAGAAUAUUGAAGAGGAAUGCAGUAGCAUGGAUAGUUGAUGGCGAGUGUGGAGCAGACGGCUUCUGUUUAACUUAAAAUUAGUCGUAUUUUAAUGGCUUGGGAUUUGGUGCAAACAAACAUGAUUGAUAGCUGGACAGACAUGCUCGUCAUGAAAAAAAGAACCAUUUCUGAAGCCCGAUUGGGGCCAAACAUUUACACCUUGCUUCAUAGUAACCAGUUGAGAUGAAGCACGUCGUUAGAACGUUGUUGGACGCCAUGUUGAAUCGCCCCCAUCGGUUGUGAAGGACUGUGCUACAUUCAGGCUUACCCACCGAACUCCGUAUAUAUAUUGUUUUCCCUCCUGCCUUUUGUCUGGUGGGACACCAUUCUUGUUGCUCUUCUGUGUAAUGAAGUUUAAAUGCUUGUUUGGAAAACUUUAUUUAACAGUUUAGAAGGCUUGAUAGAAGGAGUGCAUUAGUCUGAAGAGUACACAUUGGAUAGGAAAGAAUUUCCUUCUUUUGUUUCUCCAAAUCUUUCCGCCUUAUUUAGCUUGAGAUCUUUGCAGCUUGGUUCAUGGAUUCUAGCCUUUGCCCGUUGCGCAGUAGAUACUGAUCCAGAUGACAAACCAGUGAACUAUGUCAAAAGCACUCUCAAUAUUACAUUUGACAAAAAGUUUUGUACUUUUCACAUAGCUUGUUGCCCCGUAAAAGGGUUAACAGCACAAUUUUUUAAAAAUAAAUUAAGAAGUAUUUAUAGGAUUAAAGUGACUUCAUUUGUAUACAUUUGGAAUCUAAACCAGCUUAAAAAAAAAGUUUCCUCUAUGACUUAAGAUACGCAGUAAAACUGACGCUCUUCCGGAAUCCCACAUGAGACUUGGUCAGAAACAGAGCUUGGAAGGACAUUACACAGGAAAUCCAGAGUAACCCCUUGGAGGUUUCCCCCCUUUUGUUUUUUUUUUUUCCCCGAAGGAACAUCAGUACCUGAUGUCGAAGAAAUUCAAGAUUCCUAAAGAGAAUUUUAAGCCUGUACCAACAGGAGAGCUCGGUAGUGAGUCAGUGUAGGCUUUCCGCAAAGCAUGUUCCGAGCUGUUCCCGGCUUGGAGGUCUGCUCUGGUGGGGUCCGGCACGAGUGGAAAGCAGGUGUGACCACCGGGGAAGUUCAUAGCAUGACCCAGCGUGUUAGAAGACUCCACAGGCCACAGACCGAAACUGGGUUUCACACCUCAUAGUCCUGUGUCUGAACUGCCCGUAACGUUUUGACCUGUCGAGGGACGUACACGUACAGAACGCUCCUUCUCAGUUUUUCAGAUCUUGCCAUACUGAACCUCAUUCCAAACUGGUGCUGUGGGUAGUCUUUGCCUCCCCCUCCCCUGGUAGUUCAAGGAAAGGUUUCCUCCGUGGGAAAGCACUUUUAAUCCUGACAAGUUCACAUAUGAAAGAAGCCAAAAGCCUCCCGUUCACAUUGUGCUUUUAAACCCCGUAACAGCUGGACACGGCGUACUUCGUCUCCUUUGGAACCACCUCCCCGUUCCGGCAGAGGGUCCGAGGGGACCGCGGCUGUUACGGUGGGGAGAGGAGUGGAGGUGCCCCCGAGAUGAGGUUCUGGCGAGGAAAAGGGCCCGUGCCAAGUCCCCUCUGGGGCCCGGGACCCUCAGAGCAGAGCGAGAAGGGCUUGGGUGUCAGGGACUCUCCUGUGGGGGCGGGGACGUCAGGGAGGGGAGACGAAAGAAAAACACAAUUGGCCUUAAAAUAGCACGGAUUCUCCCAAAAGCUCAUAGUAAGAGGAAGCGACAGACCGUGUCAGCAGAUGAUUUUAUCAAAUUGGUAUGUAAAAGAUUUCUUUAAGCUCCAUUUUGCAGAGACCCCCACUUAGAGAAUCAAGAAUUCCUGUUUUGAUACUUCUAAGUUACGAUAACGAUCUGUUACAGUUUAUCUGGUACUUCAUUUUUCUUAACUAAAAUUACUUCUUACUUUAAGCUUGAAUAAAAGUCUUCAUUGGUAACUGUAUAUAA